AUGGAAACUCAAGAAAAAUACUUUUACUAUACUUGGAGAGAUAAACCAAAAUAAUCUUAGUUGUGUUAGAAUGACAAAAAAGUUAAUGUUUUAUGCCAAAUAAGUGAAUCACUUUUACAAUCUUAAUAAACUCAAUCUGAUCAAAAGCAUCUUGCUUUUUGGCAAUUAAAAAGAAAAAAUAGUAUUGUUGAGUAAAACUCUCAAUCUUAGAUCAAUACUACUCGAAUAUAAACAAGAAGAAAUUCUGUUGUGACUGGAUAGGAAUCUUAAAUUAAGACUUCAAGAAAAACUCAUUAAACAAAUAAAAGCUAAAUUGAGAAUGAAUUAACAAAAAAAAAGAAAAUUAGAGGAAGUUAUAUUGAUGAAUAAUCAAGAAGAAGAUUAAGUAGAUUUUUAUCAAAUUAUGAGAUCUGUAACAUACUUCAUAAAAGAAGUUUAUCAAGAUAAGAUAAUUAGAUUUAUGUUGAAGAUAUCGAUAAGGAAAUGGUUACAGCUUAAAUUAAAUCAAUUCAAAAUCAAUAAAUUCGUUUUCAAUUUCAUUAAUCAAAUAAAUAAAUCAUACAAGAAAAAAAAUAUGAUAAUCAAAUUAAUGAUAUGAUUAAUAUGAAAUAAUCAACUUUUAAGUCUGUUUUUUAAUAAAUACAACGUCUUACUAAUGAAUAAAGAAAAAAAAGAGUACCUGUUACAUAACAUAAAAUGCUUAAAUCAAGAACUAAAUUAAUCAAUUGUUCUCAUAAAAUACGGGAGAGAUUUCAAAAAAUUUUAAAAUAAGUGUUAUUUGUUGCUAAAUAUAAGUGUAGAGUUGAUUUUUGGUUUGAGUAUCCAAUCAAAUAUAAUAAUUAAUUCUAUGAAUCAAUUAUAGAAGGCAAUUAGGAUGGCAUCAUUUUGAUAUUAUCGAAGGAUCCAUAUCUAAUUCAUAGCAGAAACAAAGAUGGGUAAACUCCAUUGCAUAUUGCUUGCAUUUGCAAUAACGCUCUUUUGGUUAAAUUAUUCAUUAAAAAUGGCAGUAAUAUUGAAGCCUUAGAUAAUAAAUAGUUAUCGCCUUUAUAUUAUUCGUUUAAAUCCAAUUCUAAUGAUUGUUUUAAAAUCUUACUUAACUCUAAAGCCAAACCAUGGUCGCCACCAGGAGGAAAAUUAGAUCAAUAUUAAAUGAAUGUUGUGCAAAAAAAUUUACUGAUGCAUGCUCGUUUAAUUUAUAUAUUUACUAUUUGGAAAAUAAAAAAAUGA